AUGAGAUAUGUAGGACCUAUAAUUUACUUGUCAUUGCUUAUUGGCACAAGCUGUUGUCUUCAUGGUGGUCAGUUGUCUCUUCUUCCCAACUCUGAUAGGUGGCUCUUUAAAGUACAUUUGAUCUUCUGGGUUUCAAAAGUUGAACUGCCAAGCGGCUUCUGGAAGGAGGCAGUUUUAACUGAUGUGUUAGUUCAUGGAGGAUCACAGUUUUGUUGUUGGUCAGGAGUUCCCAGAUGUCAAGGCUUUCGGAAUGCAAUUAAAGAAGAAGCAAUUGCACAACACUUUGAGCUUCGUAUUAUAAAAAGUGAUUUGAUUCGUUACUUUGCAAAAUGUGCUUCAGAAGGUUGUCCAUGGCGCAUCCGUGCUGUUAAACUUCCUAAUGCCCCAACCUUCACAAUUCGAAGCAUUGAUGCCACACAUACUUGUGGGAAAAAUGCCCAAAAUGGGCAUCAUCAGGCUUCUGUUGACUGGAUAGUGAAUUUUAUAGAGGAAAGGCUUCGAGAUAACAUAAACUAUAAACCAAAAGAUAUUUUGCAUGACAUUCACAAACAAUAUGGAAUUACAAUACCAUAUAAGCAAGCUUGGCGUGCAAAGGAGCGAGGACUUGCAGCUAUUUAUGGCUCUUCUGAAGAAGCUGCUUGUUCCGCCACUGUUAUCGGUUUCAAAGAGAGACUGGCGGAGAUAGAGGAGGUUUCUUCUGAGGCUGCAAAGUGGCUUCAACAGUUUCCCCCUUCCCGCUGGGCAUUGGUAUACUUUGAAGGCACUCGGUAUGGUCAUCUAUCCUCAAAUAUUGAGGAGUUCAACCGAUGGAUUCUGGAAGCACGAGAACUGCCCAUAAUUCAGGUAAUUGAGCGGAUUCACGGUAAACUGGUGGCUGAGUUCGCAGAUCGGCGUGCAAAGAGUAGUUCAUGGUUUUCUGUACUUACACCUAGUGCUGAGAAGCGUGUAGCAGAAGCAAUCAAUUGUGCUUCCACAUAUCAAGUCCUUCGGUCAGAUGAGAAAGAAGAAGAAGAAGAAGAAGACGAGGAUGUGCGAGUUGUGCGGCCUCCUAAAAUCCGUAGACCACCUGGACGUCCUGAAAAAAAACGAAUCUGUGUGGAGGAUCUCAAUCGGGAGAAACACACUGUGCAUUGUAGCCGGUGUAACCAAACAGGACACUACAAGACUACCUGCAAAGCAGAGACAAAGAGUAUAGAGAAGGUUAACUUGAGAAAUAGAUCAUAUAUGGUGCCCAGCUUAGCUAGUUUGCAAUAA